AUGGGCGUUCGAGGAGGUAAGAGCAUCCCCUCUUUGGCGCGUAAGGCCAUCAUCAAAGCAGCUCGAGACGGAGACGACUACCAGGUUACAGCAAAAAACCUUGGUGUGAAACCUGACACCGCCUACCGCAUUGUAAAGUCUCAAAGGGAAGAAACGCGGCCACGUGGGGGCCCAAGAAAUAAGAAGUGUACCGAGCCUAUGAUAGAAUUCAUGGCAUACCUGGUUGGGAGGGAUGCUGACUUGACUUUGAAGCAAAUCGCUGACGAAGUAUCUCGUGAGUGGAACGUCGAGCUGAGUACAAGCACUGUUGCUCGAGCUUUGGAAGGUAGGCUUAUCAGCAUGAAGCAACUUCAGCUGAUACCCGAAGCAAGAAACAGUGAAGUGAAUAAGGUGAAGAGGCGUGAUUUCGCUCAGUGGCUUCAGGUGAACGCUGGCCGAUAUCGUCUUGUCUGGAUUGACGAGACAGGGUAUAACUUGUAUACCUGUAGAUCUAAGGGUCGUUCGGCGAAAGGGCAACGAGCUAGGAAGACCUGCGCUAAUCAGCGUGGGAAACACGUUACCCUUAUCUGUGCUGUAUGCAACGAGGGUGGGAUCCUCGCUUGGCAGUCAAUGCUAGGGGGAUGUAAAAAGGAAGAUUUCGAGGCUUUUCUACGUGAUGUGCUUGACAAACUGGCCAACCAACCGGAUGGUCGGCCUUUUUGCCUACUCUAUGACAAUGCUCCUUGUCAUGCUACUGCUGACAACACAUGCGACGCCCUGAACGUGGCCUAUAAGAGAGUGAGCCCUUAUUCAUGUGCUUUAAAUACGAUAGAAAAUUGCUUCUCGCCCUUGAAAUCGGCCUUGAAGAGAAUGAUAUCUGAGCACGGACAAGUUCAGCCACACGACGGAGAGUCUCUGCAAGAGGCCAGAUCCCGUGUUCUUCUAUCGUUCUGUCCCCAGGCUGUGGAUGCGGUCACCGUGGCAACUGUUUCGAACAGCCUCGUUCACGUAUUGACUUCCGAGGUUCCUAGAGCUCUCAAUGGCGAGGACAUGUGA